AUGCAUAAUGCAACGUAAGAAGAAUUAAAAUCAAGAGCAAAAUAGAAUGAGAUUUCAUCUGGAGAAGAAGAGUUGUUAUCAGAUUCUGGAGAUGAAUGUGAUCCUGAAAAUUACAAUUUUUAUAUGUCCUAAAUUGAUUUUACAGCUUUAGCUAAUGGGAUUGGCUAAGAUGAUUAAAAAGGAUAAGAAAUAAAUUUAAGAGAAAGAGUGAGCACACAAUAAUUGAGAUAAGAAGUCAAUCAAGUAAAUUAACAUAUCAGUGGCAAUCAUUAAAAUAUAACGAGUGUUCCUAAUCCAAUCAAAUUACUGGUUUCAAAAUAGAAAAGAAGAUACAAUUACAAUGGAUUUAAUUUAGAUUUAACAUGUAUUCUAUAAUAAUUAUGUUAGAUAUAACUGAAAAGAUUAUAGCCAUGGGUUUCCCUGCUGAAAAUAUAGAAUCUAUUUACAGAAAUUCAAUGUAAGAUGUUAGAAGAUUUUUUGAUUCUGUACAUCCAGGACAUUAUAAAGUAUACAAUCUUUGUGAAGAAAGAAAAUAUGAUCAUUCAAAUUUUAAUUAGGUAGCAGAAUUUCCAUUCCAAGAUCAUUAAGCACCCACUUUCUCUCUCAUUUAUGAAUUCUGUCUUGAUUUAGUAUUAAUACUUAUAAUAUAAUAAGGAUAAUUGGUUAAAAACACACGAAAAAAAUGUUGCAGGCAUUCAUUGUAAAGCUGGAAAAGUAAAUACAUAAUUUUACAACUUAAGGGACGUACAGGUGUCAUGAUAUGUUGUUAUAUGCUUUAUGCAAAAUAAUUCACCAAUGCUUAUGAUUCUAUGAGAUAUUAUGGUAUGAUAAGAACCAAAAAUAAAAAAGUAAUAUUUUAUUUAAUUCUAAAGGGAGUCACUAUCCCAUCUUAAAUCAGAUAUAUCUUUUAUUUUGAAAAAGCUCUUAAUAAUAAAUGGGUUCCUGACAAUAUGCCCAAUAAACAAGUGGAAUUAGUGAAAAUCCGAUUGAUUCCAGUACCAAAUGUUAAAUUCUUUGGAGGUUGUGCCCCUUGGUUUAGAAUCUAAAAUAAAGAUAAAGAAUACAAUUCUAAAAAUUAAUUCCCUGUUAAAGAAUAUAAAUUAGAACCAUAUAUUGAAUUCAAACUCAAAGAUAUUAUUCUAUAAGGUGAUGUUCUUUUACAAUUUCUAAAUUAAGGAAUUUGGUCUAGGUAUAUAUAUAUAUAUAAUAUUAAAUUUUGAAGGAGUGAGAAACUCUUUCAAGCUUGGUUUAAUUGUGAUUUCUUUGAUUAUACCGGUGUUCUCAUGAUUGAUAAAUUUAUGUUGGAUAAAGCUUGCAAAGUAUAAUUUUAUUUUCAUAUAGGACAAAUCUGGUAAAACAUUCUAAAAAGAUUUUCGUAUAGAAUUACAUGUAGUUGAAGUUAAUUAGGAUAAUAAAUCACUAUAAUCAGUUUAUAAUAAUACAAUUAAUUAAAUUACUCAUAAAAAUUUUGGAUUUUGA